AUGGUUCAAGAUAUCUUAGAAACAUUUCAACAUUUGCAAAAACAUCAGCAGCACAUUCCAUUCUACGACAUAAUCACGCAACAACAACAACAACAACAUCGUCAUUUCUACCGACACCAACAGACAUCCACAACAACAAUGUCAACUACAACAACAACGACAUCACCAAAAAUAAACAACCUUGACGAAGACCAGAAGGAGUUAUACAUCGCCAUUGCAAACCACUGCUACACUUACAUACUACCCGUAAUUUUGACCUUAGGUUUUGUGGGUAACCUUAUGAAUCUACUGAUUCUAACUGGCAAAAGGAUUCAGCACUCCCUUAGACAGUCAGAAAAAUCAGCCAACUCAGGCCUUAUAGCCCUAGCUGUGUCAGAUUUGGCUUUCUGCACGUCUGCUUUCCCAUUCGCAUUUACCUCCACUGAUAUGAUAUUUCCAGGCCUGCCAGGAUUUAAAGCCUACUACACCGCCUACUCGCCAGCGGUCAUCAGCGUAUUCAUACUGACCAGCACCUGGGUGACCGUGAUGAUGUCCACGGAGAGGUACCUUGCCAUAUGCCACCCCCUUGCCAGCCGUCAGAUACUCACACUCAGUCGAACCAGGACCGUCAUCGUUCUUAUAUAUAUGCUCUCUGCUUUAUUCAAUGCACCGACGCUCUGGCGAUAUGAAAUUGAAAUAAGAUGCGGUAACUAUAGCAUAACUGAUUGUGACGGUGUUACAAGUAUCGGCGGAAGUAGAUGCUUGGGUGAGAGAUGUGUUGAUGUGUUCGGUGAUAAAUGCGGUUUUGUUGCUGCUGAUCAUUUGAUUCGAAAUGAAAAACCCGACGCUGAUGACAACCGUAUUAGUUUGACGCAAGCAUUUUUGUGUGGCCAUCAAGGAGAGCAUUUAGUGCAUCAUAAACAUCUUCACUUUCUGAAAACCGAUCCCAUUCGCACAAAUGAUACAUCGCCGAAUCAGACGGAGCAAAAGUUAGACAAUGUAACCGCUACAGAACCAUUCGUUCCGAUGAUGAGCUCAGCCUCUGCUAACUCAACCGAAUAUGAUAUUACGACUCGAGUCAAGUUUCGGAACAAAUUGGACGAUACGUUGGAACAAUCAUACCGAAUUCUUUGGGUCAUUUUUGGCAACUUUCUGCCUUUCUUCAUGUUGUUUUUCACAAACCUGGCACUGGCAAGAGAGAUUCACCUGUCCUACGCACUACGUCGACUCAUGAAUCGCUCAGUCAACAACGUCACCACAAACAGCGAUUCAGAAGCUAGCCAGCGAAUAACUAUAACCCUCCUCUGCAUUGUUCUGAUGUUCUUUGUGCUGGUAGCUCCGUCGGAGUUAUUAAAACACUUAGCAUCGACAUCCGUUACCAACACCGAGUCGAACCACACGUACAUCCUGAUUGAAGUUGUGACGAACAUCAUGCAGUCGACAAAUUUUUCCUCAAACUUCAUCCUCUACUGCAUCGUCAACCCAUCUUUCCGCAAGACCAUGUGUGAGAUGUGUCGCAUGAAGCAUGCCUCGCCAAACGCCAGUGUUAACUACGCCAAUCAGAACUGUUACAUCAACAACUCUACGGUCUAUUACCACAACCAUAACAACAACAACAACAUUGCUCUCAACAACAACAACAACAACAGUAGUUGUAGUAAUGUCAACAACAACAACAACAUUAGAAACAAUUUGACAGUCAGGCCAGAACCAUACAGUUGGAGCAAAGGUUUAAACUAA